UAAUAGACAGUGAAGCAGAAAGUGUUGAAUAAAUAAGGUGAAUUUUUGAUCAUUUUCCCAAGAUGGAUUGGAAUGUGAUCCUCGUGUCUGUGGUGACCCUCAUGGUUGCAGGAUACUUGUACGUGAAGAAGAAGUUCCAGUACUGGGAAGAAAGAGGAAUUCCUUAUGUGAAACCCGAGUUUCCAUUUGGGAUUCUCAAAGACAUGGGAAAAACCAAGCAUACUAGUCAAGUCUUUACUGCGGCAUAUAAUGAAUUGAAGGGAAAAAACAGUUUUGGUGGAAUAUAUUUCUUCACUAAGCCAGUUGUUCUGCCCACUGAUGUGGAAUUACUGAAAAAUAUAUUCGUGAAAGACUUCCAAUACUUUCAUGAUCGUGGAAUCUACGUCAAUGAAAAGGAUGAUCCGCUAUCUGGCCACUUAUUUGCUUUAUCUGGACAGCGUUGGAGGAAUUUGAGGAACAAACUCAGCCCAACCUUCACUUCUGGUAAAAUGAAGAUGAUGCACAGCACAAUUAUCGCAGUUGCCAAGGAAUUCCAAAAUUAUCUAGAGCCGAUUGCUCAGAAGAACCAGGAACUCGAGAUUAAGGAUGUUUUGUCACGAUUCACAACUGACGUUAUUGGGAAUUGUGCUUUUGGAAUUGAGUGCAACAGCUUGAAAGAACCCGACACUGAGUUCAGACAAAUCGGAAAGCUAGUAUUUCAAUUUACGCCAUUGGAAUUUUUGAGAGUUUUCUUUUUGGCUGUGUUCCAAGAUUUGGGAAGAAAUUUAAAGAUGAAAAUUAACAAACCUCAAGUAUCAGAAUUCUUCAUGAGACUCCUCAAGGAAACCACCGAAUAUCGGGAACAAAACAAAAUCAAACGAAAUGAUUUCCUGGAUCUUCUCCUACAAAUCAAGAAUACCGGAAAGCUCGAGGGUGAUGAUACGGAUCUAGGAAAGAUGUCUUUCGAAGAACUUGCGGCUCAAACUUUCCUGUUCUUCAUCGCUGGAUUUGAGACCUCAUCAUCCACGAUGACCUUCGCUCUGUACGAACUUGCACAACAUCAGGACAUUCAGGACAAGGCCAGAGAAGAAAUUCACAGGGUGCUCGAAAAGCACAACGGAGAAUAUUCAUACGAAGCUUGCAUGGAAAUGAAAUAUGUCGAUCAAGUCAUUAACGAGACUUUAAGGAAACAUCCAAUUGUCGACAGUCUGAUUAGAGUAUGCGGACAAGAUUAUGCUGUUCCUGGAACAAAACAUAUCAUUGAGAAAGGAACAAUGGUGAUGAUUCCUGUCUAUGGCAUUCAACAUGAUCCCGAAAUCUAUCCUGAUCCGGAGAAAUUCGACCCUGAUCGGUUCACCGAAGAGAAUGUCAAGAAUCGCCAUCCUUAUGCCUGGAUUCCGUUUGGUGAAGGACCCAGGAUUUGCGUUGGGAUGAGGUUCGGAGUGAUGCAGACUCGAGUUGGAUUGGCGCAUCUUCUCCAAAAGUAUCGCGUGAAGACCUGCCCAAAGACACCAAUACCUCUUCAACUGGAUCCAUCUACUACUGUAAUGUCUCCCAAAGGAGGAAUGUGGUUGAAAUUGGAGAAGAUUUAAUAAAAACCAAGGUUAGAUUACUCGUUUGAUUGCAUCUGCUGUCUUAUGAUAAGCAUAUCAUAAUGAUGUCUGAUAAAAAAAAUC